GGGUAAAUGCGAGCGGCGUUGAGCAGAUAUCGGUAGUCGUCAGACGAGUCGGUCGGUUGACGGAUCGUGUCUCUUGUGUCGAUAGUGCGAACGGUUUGCUCGUCCCCUUUCCUUCUGUGUUCAAAAAUGAGCUGGCAGGAUUACGUUGAUAAGCAACUGCUUGCAUCGAGGUGCGUUACCAAAGCUGCUAUAGCUGGACAUGAUGGCAACCUGUGGGCAAAGUCCGAAGGCUUCGAAGUGAGCAAAGAGGAGCUCGCGAAAUUGGUGCAGGGUUUCGCGGAACAGGAUAUCCUAACGUCAUCGGGGGUUACCUUAGCUGGCAACAGGUACAUAUAUCUAUCGGGUACGGAUCGUGUGAUAAGGGCAAAACUCGGGAAGGUUGGCGUCCACUGCAUGAAGACGACGCAAGCCGUAGUCGUCUCCCUCUAUGAGGACCCCAUACAGCCACAGCAAGCCGCGUCUGUCGUUGAAAAACUCGGCGACUACCUCGUGUCCUGCGGCUAUUAGUAACCUCUGGGACCCAACAUAAAAUAUCUAAUUAUUAAUAACAAACGAAUUCAGUCGAUUAUUUUAAAUGAACAGCGAAUGGAAUGCGCCAUGCCGCACGAGCCGCGCCGCAACUGCCGCAAGCCUGCCGCACGAUGCACGACGACGAAGAAGCAGCAGCAACAACAACAGCAACAACUACAACUACUAUUACAACAAAAACAACAAUUUCAACAACAACUAUUACUACCAUACUGCAGUCAUCGUUCUCUCCACUUCGACUUAACUUGACAUCGAGAAAGGAAAAGGCGCGCGCGUCCAUUUAACCGACCUACGCCACUAAUCAUGACUUAUUACCCCCCACCCACCCCUUUAAGACGGUAUGCGUACUCGCAAGCAUCAUUGAAGAUACACAAUUGCAUAUACCAACGACACACAGUAAUAAACAAGCCGUAAUCGUGGCUUAGACAGAUGGACCGGACCAGACCGGAACAACGGACAGAGAUAGACGAAUCAUAAAUUGACUGACGGGACAAAUGAAACGACGAAAUAAGACGAACUUGUGACGAACUGUGACGAACUUUGACGAAUAGAUAGAUUUAUAGAUAGAUAGUUAGAGACACAGAAAAGACUUUCUCCUACUAAACGCGUACAACACACACGUACGAUUGAUAACACAUCAUAAUGAAAAAUAAUAUGCAAUAUAUCGUUAUACUUAUAAUUAAUAAUCAUCCCCCCACACACACACACACACAUACAUACAUACGAAUUGGUCGACGAAUGGAAUGCUCAUCGAUAAAAAGUAUAAAACAGAAGUUUAAAAAAAAAAAUAAUAAUAAUACACGUGCCAAUACUCGAUAAGAGCGUGUUGUUUACGGUUAAUAAAAAGAAAAUAAUUUUGUAGAUAUGCACACACACACACACACACACACACAAAGAACGAUUGUAAUACGAUAGUCUUUUAUUCUACACAUACACACACGCACACGCUUAUUUACAUUCGUACGAAAGGGAGAGGAAGAGAAUAAGAGAUACACUUUUGAAUGUAUACAAGGGUGCGUGAGAGAGAGAUAGAAAAAAAAGAGAGAGAGUGAGAGAGAGCACGCGCGUAUAUACGUUUAAGAAAAUAAAGAUUAUAUAAAAGUGAUGAUAUAUAAGCUUGAUAUGUGUAUACAUUGUGCAUGCGCGCGCGAAAUAUUCGAAAAUGCAGAGCAGCCAGACCACGACGGGUUUUCGGAAGGGGGAAGAAAAAAAAAAGCGCAUUGAAUAAUUUUCGUUUUAACAUACGAAACGACGGGGGACUUCGAUUAUAAUAAUAAUAUCGUGCUCUACACACAUAACAGCGCUUCUGUCCUAUGAAAUAUUGUUACAUGUCGUCGGGCUCGUGAUCGAAAAGAACUCUCUUAAUGGUAAUGGUAAUGGUAUAAUGAUUAUGACAGCAAUGUGGUGUGAUGGUGGUCGUCGUCACGAUUGUGACAGUGGUGAUGGUGGUGGUGGUGGUGGUAUGAUGUGAUCAAUCAAAUUGUGUAUGUGCGUGCGUGCGUGUAUGUGUGUGUAUGCGUGUAAGGCACGAGACGCAUCAUCCGUAAAUAUUCCAGUCAUUAUUAAGAUUUGAUUUUUGUCUUAUUUGUGUUCCUAUAUAAAAAGAAAGAAAGAAAAAAAAAAAGAAAACAUUUUUCAGGAAUAUAUAUAUAUAUAAUAUAUCUUUGGAAAGUAUAUUUUUAUUCGUCGUCCGCGGGUGGAGAAUCUCGUGCUUUUUCGGAAAUGUCGACGAUUAUCGACUUGUUUCUGUAAAACAUGAUUAGAGGAAGAAAGGAAGAAAAGAGGAGGUAAACGAGAUUCAAAUUUGCUUUCGUCACGAGCCACACACGUACGAUUGAUUAUUUUUCUUUAUCUUACAUUAAAUGCGACAAGAUCACAUACACAAAUCUUUACGAUCCCUUUCUCUCAUUCCUCCUGUCCAUUUUUCUCUCUGCAGCAUUUAUAUAAAACAUCCUCAUUUCUCACGUUGAUAAUUUCUUUUUUAAAUACAACGCGCAUCCUUCACUAGCUUUUUCUUGAUAGAAAAGUUGUUGUUAUCUGAUUAUAACAAGAACAACCACAAUCAACGGAUAUAUUAAAAACAAAAGAAGGAAAAACUUUAUCGUCACCGAUCGAAGAAAACGAGCGAGGAUGUAUUUUUUUUUUUUUUUUGUAACGAAUUAACGCGACUUUUGAGAGCGAGUAAUAAUUUCGAUCGAAAAAACAAAACAAAGAAACAACAAUGGCGGCGAGGUGGCGGCAGAGAGAAAAAGAUGGCGGAGACAAGAAAAAAAUAAAAAUGGCGGUUGUUAGCCUGGAGACUAUAAAUCGAGUUUUCGGACACGGUAUAAUAUAUAAAUAAGUUCUUUUGUAUUAUGCGUGGGUGGAAGAAUUUAAAAUGAUCGAACGGACUUAAAAAUUAACGUAUCGACGAACCGGACAAUAGGACAAACAAACAAACAGACAUACAAUAAACAGAAGACGGAUGAUGAUGAUGAUGAUGAUGGCAGAAACAUAAAAACGAGAACGGAAGGAAGAUAAAUCCUUAUCCUUUCUAAUCGCUUUUGUGCGCGGCGCUUCGCUGAUGGAGGAACGAAUAUGAUGAACGCGCAUAAAUUUAAGUAUAAGAAGUAAUGAUAAUAAAUAAUAAUAAACUAUUGUAUUAGGCUUACAGUCCUUUUCUUUCGUAGGAUCCGUAAAGGUGAGAAAGUGAGAAAGUAAAAUGGUGGGUGAGUGCGAGUGUGUAUGUGGGAGGGUGCGAACGAAUGAGAGAAAAUUGAAAGGGGGAGAACGAUAAAAAUAUAUUCGUAUGGAUAGAAAAAGAUUUUGAGAAUAAAGCUGGAAAAAAGAGAACGAGCACGAAAGAGAGGGAGUGAAAGGGGAUGGGUGAGUGCUAGAGAGAAGGGGAGAAAGUUUGAACGAAUGUUUGAGGGCAAGGGGGUAGCAAGAAUGACUGAAUGGAAAUGAGAGAGAUUGGGGGGGAAAAGAAAAUACAAAAAAAGCGAACUGAAAGAACGCUUGUGUGUAUGCGUGUGUGUAUGUGUAUGUGUGUGUAUACAUUUUUGCGGGGAAGGAAAUCGCAAAGAUUACCUACAAAAAAAUAAAAUAGAUGACAAUGAUGAUGAUAUAAUAAAAACCGAGGAUCGCGAGAGCGUAUGGUAGUUCGAGAUGGACGACGAUGAUGAUGAUUAUUAUUAUUAUUAUUAUUAUUAUUAUUAUUAUUAUUAUUAUUAUUAUUAUUAUUAUUAUUAUUAUGAUGAGAUGAUGAUUGUUUUAUUUUCUUUUUGCUGGUCAAUAACGAUUGUGAAAAGGAGAAUAUAAUAAUGAUGGUUAACGAUAAAACGACGAUAACUAUGAUAAUAAUAAUAAUGAUGAUGAUGAUGAUGAUGAUGAUGAUGAUGAUGAUGAUGAUAAUGGUAAUGAUAAUGAUAAAAUUGCGGGCGAGCAUGCAUGCGGCAGCGAGUGAGACGGCACUGAUUGAUUGGCCGCAAUCUUGGCCGCGUCCCCCAAGAAUCGAUACGGUCCUUUUAGCUAUUUACUGUCUUUAUUAUUGCUACGUGUAAGAGAAAUAAAACGACGAAGGAUGUGUCAUAAUAGAAGAGGGGAUUUUUAACAAUGUUCGUGUGAAGAUUAAGGGAAAAAAAAAAAGAAAAGAAAAGAAUACGAAAUACAAAGAGAAAGAAGGGCGUGAUAUUAUAUUAUGGGGUGAGAGUCGUAAGCUAACAUUUAGACACUAACAUAGACACACACACAUAUGCAACACACACACACAUACAUUACAUACACAAAAUUCGUGAUGUACGUACUCUUGAGCAAAGGGCGACGCAAACGUAUUAGAAACAUCACGCGUGUGAUGCAUCAGACAAAGUACCGAAAAGAAGGGUAAACGGUUUGGAACAAGUAUUCACGUUCGAGAAUAGAACUCGUGUCUCAUUUUCGUUAUUCCUUUUCCCAAUAUGGCGGAGAAGAAAUCUAAGAAUUUUCGCCGUUGGCACAUUAUCUCUUAUUAUCGAAAUUCACUUUAUUUGAUUGGGUGAGAAGUAAAAUACGACUUGUUAAAAAAAAAGAUAAAAAAAGAAAAAAAAAACUAACACGAAGAAAGAAGAAUAGUAUGGAUCGAUCGUUGUUAUAUUAAACAAAUAUCGUCGUGUGGUAUAAUAUACUCGUCGGGGAGAGUGUUGUACACCCCCAGUAAUCAUCAACCAGUUGAACAAAAUUGUUCACGUUGCGUUCAUUUCGCGUUGAAAGUUUAUAUAUAUUACUUUCUCAAUGACGAAAAGGGGGAAUUAAAUUUUCUUGUUGUUCAUCAUAAUCCAUUCGACGAUCGGCCCCAUUUAAAUCAAACAUCAGGAUAAGUAUAUAUAUCAUUGAAUUUUGAAAGGCAAUAAAAUUGUGCGCUGUGUUCCUUUAAGAACAACAACGGUCGACGACGACAAGGUUGUGUUGUUCGUUCGUUCAAUUCGUUUAUUUUUUCGUUUUGUCUCUCGUUUCUCAUGACUUUCUUCGUCCGUAGGAAGAUCCGGUGAUAAAAGGUAUUUUCGAGGCCAACGCGUUACGAAUGCAGGACGUUGAAAAAAAAAAAAAAA